AUGGAGAAGGAUCGACACUACAGAGCUUACGAGGGCUUAAAAGCCACUAACAACGGCAAUACGUCCUCCUUAAAGCGGAACACAGACCCCUCAAAACCCCGUCCCGAUCAAAUCAGGUGUCUUUGCUUUGGCGGAGUGUCUGAUAAGGCCAGUCAUCACUCCUUUCUCAAGGGGUUCAUCAUAAAUGUCGGAAUUUGUGGGCUUCUCGUUGGCUACACGGUUCUAGGAAGCUUCAUUUUCCUGGCCAUUGAGGGCGGCACUGACGGCGGCCUACAACAGAGGACGCUAGCUACCAUUGCUAGCAGCAAUCAGCCUCAGCGGUGGAACUCCACUGUUUGGUUAAAUAAGCCGUUUGCCACGUUAGUUCUUAUCGCAAAUUGCGAUAACCCUCCCCGCCUGUCGUCGUCUCUCUACCAAUUUCAAAGUUUCCACGAGAAGAAGCUUUACAACGAAUUGGUCCUUCGGGAUACACGCAAUCAAACAGUGGAGAACAUUUGGCAAAUAACAGAACAUUUAAAUAUUCUGUAUCGCGAGAAUUGGACACGUUUGGCCGAACAAGAGAUAAUGCGUUUUCAAGAAAAACUCGUUAAGAAAAUAAACGAUGAACUUUUGGCCAAUCACGCGGGAACCUUCACUGGAGCGACGGUAAACAACGACGGACCAAUCGAGCGAAAAGUACUCGACUAUGAGUGGAAUUUCGCCAAAGCAUUCUUGUACUCAUUAACUGUGCUUACUACAAUCGCUUAUCUACAGAGCACUUAA